AUUUGAGCUGACGCAUCUUCGUUGACUUGACUUGAUUGACAGCUGCUAAAAUGUCUCUGGGGUAGGUUUUAUAUACAGUGGAACCCCAGUUGUCGAACACAAUGUUUUACCAAAAAUUGCCCCCGGUUGCCAUACCAUACCAACUCAGUUGCUGAACAAGCCAACAAUAUCAGGCUGGCAGCAAGUGAUUGAGCGUGUCUGAUUUUUUUAUUCCAUAAACCACCAUGGGACCUAAACAACAGUGUUAACAACAAUAGAAGUGAUUACAGUUUAUACGGAAGCAUGAAAAUAGCGCUCAUGUUUCAGGUCCUGCUUCACGGUAUGGUUUAGCAAAGUCGUCGUUUUGAACCAUUAUGGAGCACAAGAAUGGAAUAAAAGAAGCUACGGUUGUCAAAGGAGUGACUUUGAUCACCAGGAUCACAGUCACUAGAAGAAGAAGAAGAAGUUAGGAGAAGUGGAAAGGUUGCUAGUGAUUUGGAUCAAUGAAAAGCCUUUGGCCGGCGAUAGUACUUAGAUACAUACCAGUAGUAGAAUAAUGUGUGAGAAAGCGAAGCCAACAUUGCUCAAUCGCAACUCCUCAGCUCCAGUAAGGAUGAAAGAAAUUGCCUUUCCUAUUUAUAGCUUCAUUCUUUAUUCAGUUGUGUUCAUCUUUUUUGUUAGAUCUAAUUAUAUUUUGUUGGUAUCGUGUAUGAACCUGUACACAAAAUACUGCUGAAAAAGUUUGAAUAAGCAAUCAUCCGGGAACCGUCCGGAAACGGAUCAAUCCAUUUUACAUUGAUUCCUAUGGGGACAACUGUUUCAGUUUUUGAAUUUUUCCGUCCACGAACGGCCUUCAGGAACAAAUGAAGUUCAAAAACCGAGGUUCCGCAGUAUUUGUAAGUAUAUGACGUGCAGAGUAUGAAUUUACAGUAUUUAGCAGCAACAGUAAAAAGUGAUGCUCAUCAGUGGACCAACCAAUCAGAUGCAGACUGAGUAACAUCAGCAGGAGAUGAUGAUGUCAUUCUUGUGGAUACACAACCUUGAUUCCAAAAAGUUUGACAAUGGGUUUGAAUAUGAACGUAAACUGUCGUUUGUCUCUACAUGUGGCCCUGCGAUUGGCUGAGGUUAAGAUCAGCUCCAGCUCCACACUCUGGUCCUAAGAACCAUCGAGUUUUAGAGGUGUGAAACUUCAGUGAGGGCUCCAGGAUGGUGCAGAGAGAAGUUUGUGACCCUUUCACCUGAACAAUUCAAAUAUGAGGUUCAUAAAAAGACACCAUGCAGAUGUUGGACUAGUGUCGCAGUCGAACACAGUCUCUCUGUGUGUAAGUCUUCGGCUGAUGUUUGAUUCCAGAUACUUGACGCCUCUGUUUCUCUGCCUCCAUCAGGACUCACAUGCAGCUACUGAUGCUGCUGCUGCUGCUGCUGAUGUUGAUCUGAUUACCAUGAUACGAGAGCCGCGUCCUCUUAAAGCCACACUCGGCUUUAAUUUAUGAGGGAAAUGAGAGAGGCAGCAGAGGGAGGAGCGGAGGACAGAGACGGAUGCAGACAAGGAGCAGAAGGACUGCAUCCUCCUCCUGCUUCCUCUUUGCAGCGGGCCGCUGCUGCAGCAGCUGCUGCUGCCGCCGAGUCUGCCGCUGGUACCGCUGCGGCCGCUCCCCGCACAGAGGCAGGAUGGUGCGCCUCGUCAGCGCGCUGGGGCUCAUCAUGUUCAGCGUGGCGCUGCUCAUCCUGUCACUCAUCAGCUACGUGUCCAUCAAGAAGGACUUCCUGAUCAGCACCCCCAGAUAUGGACCUAACGGAGGGCCCAGGAUGUACAUGUUCCACGCAGGGUUCCGCGAGAGACCGCCUCGCAAACCAGACCUGAGCUCCCAGAUGGCCAUGAAGUAUCUGGACCCAGCCUUUACUUCUUUAACCAACAACCUCAGCGAGGACCUGCCGAACUCCCCUAGAUGGAAGUACAAUAGCACUGCAUUCACACAGCAGAGACAGGAGAUCUCUCAGUACAUCGACAUCCCCCACAACUUCACGCUGACACGAAACGCGGUCAAAAUUGGGCAGCUGAUGCAUUACGACUACUCCAGCCACAAGUACGUCUUCUCCAUAGGCGAGAACUUCCGCUCACUCCUCCCCGAGGUCUCGCCCAUUGUCAACAAACACUACAACGUGUGCGCUGUAGUAGGCAACAGUGGCAUCCUCACGGGCUCGCGCUGUGGACCUCAGAUUGAGAAGUUCGACUUUGUUUUCCGCUGCAACUUCGCCCCGACCGAGGUCUUCAAAAAGGACGUGGGAAGGCGGACCAACAUGACCACCUUCAAUCCCAGCAUCCUGGAGAAAUACUACAACAAUUUACUGACGGUUCAGGACAGGAACAACUUCUUCCUGAGCCUGAAGAAGCUGGACAACGCCAUCUUGUGGAUACCGGCGUUUUUCUUCCACACAUCGGCCACGGUGACAAGGACACUGGUUGACUUCUUCGUAGAGCACAGAGGACAGCUGAAGGUCCAGUUGGCCUGGCCUGGAAACAUAAUGCAGUACAUCAACAAGUAAGAAACACUACAAACUGCAUUGCUAAAGUUAACUACAUCCUAAUCUUAAUGGGAAGAAGUGCAUGAUGUCGACAAUGACACAAACUGAGGGUUUCAGGUUACUAUAAGUAAACCACGAUGCCUUGUGUCUUGAUUUUAAAAGCCUUAUUUACCUAAUACUGGAUAAUGAAAAACCCAACUAAAUUAAUCCCCCCUAAAGAAAUGUAGGUUAAAUAAAAAUGGCCAAAGCAGUGAUUCUUAACCAUGGGGUUGUGGCCCAAACUUGGGCUUUAAGGGCCACUAAAACUUUCAGUUUAUUUGGCUGCAAACCCUGCGGGACAGCAUAUGUUAUCGACCGAAAACUUUGGAGAUAUGUUAUCCAAGAGAAGCUCAGUUAAAACGCAGCUUUUGACCAAAUGGUGGCAGCGGUGCAUCAGUUAGUUCUUUAACAAGCUCCAAUAUAGCGAGAAGAAGAUUGUCGUCUGUCUACGCUAGCAGUAGCAAGAAGACCAAAAGACUACAUUUUUGAUAGAAAGAAAGAUAGA